AUGGAGUCCUCGAACCUAGUCGUAUUUACAACCGAGGACUUGAAAUCUCUGACUGAGAGUUUUCAUGAGAAGAACUUGAUUGGAAAUACUCAGUUUGGUAAAUUAUAUAGGGGUUGGAUUAAAGCAGAAGGUCGAGAUGUGACCGUGAAGAUAUGGGAUGAAAAGUCAAAUUCCAUCACCUUGAUUUCUGAUGAGUAUUUGGUGGUCAAAGGAGAAGUGCAGUUUUUAACACAUCCAGCCAUGAAUGGUCAUCCCAACUUGGUCAAAGUGAUUGGUGUUUGUUGUGACAAAGAAGUGAGGGGUGUAGUCUAUGACCUAAAUCCAAGGGACACUUUGCAUAAUUUGAUUCUGAAAGAUGAGCUCAAUUGGAUUCAAAGAGUUGACAUAAUCCUCCAACUCGCUUGCCUUCUUAAAUAUCUUCACACUCAAGACAAUCCAUAUAUGGUUCUUAACAUUUGUGGAGCCCACAUAAUGUUGGACUGGGAUUGCAACCCAAAAUUGUGUGACUUUGGACUCAUCAGUGGAGGUACCAUUGGCAAAAUCAAUACUAUAAAGAAGCAGAUACCAAUGCCAAUAGACUAUGCUGAUCCUUUCUGUGCAACGAAAGAGAUUCGAUUUUGGGAAACCGGCUGCGAUGUGUUCUCAUUUGGUGUUGUUCUAUUGGGCCUAAUAUCCAAGAGAGUAUUCGACGCUGAGAAAUUGGACAAGCCCGGGUAUAUACUGGACAAUCUAGUACACUGUUGGGCCAAGAAGGAGUACAGGCCCAAUUGUUCCCUUGUCCACAAAAGCCUUAUAGAAGACUGGGGUUACAAUCCUGAGGAUGGGGCUACAAUUACAGAGAUUGGAAUUCGCUGCACCGAAUUCUUCCCAAGGAACCGUCCCACAAUGAAGGGCGUCGUUGAGCAUCUCCAAAGCUUGCUGGUUUUGCAACGACUUGGAGAUACCAGACCCAACAAAAGGGAAAAGAAAUUCCAUGCAGAUUAUGAAAAUGGCCACGUAAAACUAUAACUAGAAAUUAUUUUAUUCAGUGUAGCAUGAUUUAAUGAAUUGAUAAGGACUAGCUGGUA